AUGAGCUUCGCCGGAGUCGGAACGCGAGGGUACGGAGAUUUUGCCGGUUUGGGAAAUUUCAACAACUUUGAAAGCAGUGUUGAUCAUCAACAACCACCACACAUUACAAUGGAUGAAGGAGCUACCCCGCAACCGCUUUCGGGCAACGGUCGUCGCUCGGGCAACAGCACCUACAGCUUGCAGCAGGAAAUUAUUUGGAUUAAGCAAGAUUCGGCGCAGAUUCGCAAUGCUGUUGUUUUGCUGGAGAAGGAAAAGGAUAACCUACGACAAGCAGUUCGAAAACUCAAAUUGGAAAACAUACGAGUGAAACAGAAGAUGAAGCGCAUGCAGGAGACUAUCAAUGGAUUGAGUGGAGUGUCAGCUGAAACGGAUAAUCUCAAAGUUGGAGCAACUGAGGCAGAUUUGGAUUACGACGAUAUUGGGCGUGACUUCAUCCUUGUGGGAGGCGCUCAGGAUCCUCUUAGUUUGAGAUUCGAAGUUUCCAUUCGGGAUGAAAGGGGCAUUGAGCAUAAAUCAGCUGAACGCUAUUAUUGGUACAAAAUGGCGGAACAUUUCGGAGACACUGAAACGAUGGCAAAAAUCUUGGAUGCUUCUUCGACAAUCAAGGCAGAGGAAGCAAUGAAAGAUAUUAAGGAUUUCGACGAAGCUAAGUGGAAUGAAGUGAAAAUGAAUGUCUGGGAAACUGGCCAGCGUCUGAAGCUCGAACAGACACGCUGGAUUGCAAAUCUGCUAGUUUAUACCGGAAAGACCUACAUCGCCGUCGCUUCGCAAGAUAAAAUUUUCGGUACAGGCUGGCGCAAAAACCGUGAUGAAGCAAAUAAACCAAUUUUCUGGGAUGGUGAAAAUCAGGGUGGUAAGGCGCUGAUGCGACUUCGCCAACAGAUCAAAGAAACGCAUACCUGGUCGGGCCCAUACGAAGAGCAGGAAAUCGAAAAGCGUUUCAAUGAAUUGAAGAAGUACGUCUGGCGUCGUAUCGACCCGGCACGUCGUCUCGGGAUUCUGCGUGGACGUGCACGUGGCUUCGUACGUCGUGGUGGUUAUGGUGGUCGUGGUUACGGUGCACCGAGCGCUGGUUUCCCGCAGACAGUUCGUCAUUAA